AUGGAUACACCACCAAUUUUAAUGCUUAAAUUUUUGAAGGAAUCUGAUUUACUAUCCGAGGAUAAAGACUGUUAUUCUCUCACAACGGUUCCUCAGGAUGUUGCUGAGGCAGGAACAAAAGUUUUUUUAUCUGAUUUCAAGAAAAGACAAGAGACACUCGAUUUAACACGCAAAAAGAGAGUAAAAUUUAUUAUGGAGUUCCUCGCAGUAGCAUUCGGAUUAGAAAUUCAAGAAUAUACUCAUAUUGAAACGGCAAAAAAUAUUUAUCAUAACUGGUUCUCACGUCCUGAGAUAUUUGGAGAUGUUAAGAGACAGAAUAAGUUUUUCCGUCGCAUGUUUAAGCAUAUGACGCAGCCAUUUCAAUUUAGAGCCGCAAUUUCAAAAGAUAUUUUCGAAACAAAGUUUUUCGACAUAAUCAUGGCAAUUCUCGAUGAAUAUGAUAAUUUCGCCGAAACAGCUGGAAAAUUAUUCGAAGUUGAAACAUGGGAAGUUUUAUUUAAAUGUACACUUGCUAUUGCUAAUUCGAUUAUAUUCUUUAACUACCGCAAUUUAUUGGUUGACGAGAAGCAAGUUCAACUCCGUCAGAAAGCAAUUACUGUGUAUUUCAACGUUUGUUUGACAUCUGGCAUUGUUAAACCAGAUUUCUGGAAAUUAUUUAACGAGUACUGCUUCAAGUGGUCAAUCAACCUCGAUUUUAUCAAAGUUUGGGGUGUUUUCGUUCAAAAAUUGACAAAAAUUGUUUUUUCAAGGGUCUUAAAGUUCGAAACGGACGAAUUUAUUGAAGGAGGAAUUUAUACAGGUGGCAAAUCCAUUGAUUCCAAGACUCUUAACUUCAUUUAUCAUCAUUUCUUAUAUUGUAUCGAUCAUGACAUGACAAUGAAGACUCCUGACAACCUCGACAACUUCCAACAGAUUAUUCUCAACAUUUUGAACGGGUAUACGAACUACGCAAAGCAUACUUCUCCGUUUUAUAUCCCAAGAUUCCCUGCCAAGACAUUUUUACAGAUGUUCGGACCGGCCAUCACUCAUAUCGAUCUCAAACUAAACGCAGAAUUCGAUUACGGACUCUCAACGAUGCUCGGAACAUUAUUAUUAGUUGCAUCGAACUUACAGUUCCAGCAGAACGAAGAAACAAGGCUAAAGAUACUCCAAUUGGCUCUUAGCUUCGCAAAGAUCGGAAGACCACAGCUCGUUGCCUCAUUUUUGAUAAAUGGAGCAAAUGUUUUCGGAAAAUGGAGCGAUUUCCAUCCGUUCAUGGCCGAAUCUGUUCUUAUGUUCAUUCCUAAACUCGAUCUCAAGCAAACAAAGAGAUUUGACCCAGGAUUAUUAUAUCAUUGCGCUACCGGAAUGUUUAUCUCAGCUUCAGAGAUAUAUUCGAGGUCCAACAACGACUUAUCAAUGAUUGCCAACGCAUUUCAUAAAUUAUACAACGAAACUCCUCAUGAUCAGAAUAAAGUCGCAUUACUUACUUACGCAUCGAAAUUCGAGAACAUAAACAUCUUCGCAAAAAUUGCAGAAGCGUUUUCACUACCAAAUAUUCGUAAAGCAUCUACAGAUGAUUCGAUUCCAUUUUAUUCGACACUUAUUACAUUAGUUGGUACUGUUACCCGCUACAACCAAUCCUACAUCGAUAUGUUCAACCAAUUACACCUCCUUCCGCUCAUUUUGACCGCAGUUACAUCGUCCGAUCUCAGAAAGCUCCAAAACUCGGACAUGACCAUCGCAGCUGCACUCGUCAUGAUAUACUCUCUCAUCGAAUACUGCAAUGACGUCUUAAAUGUCAAAGAAAACGUAAAUUCGAUUUUUGAGUACGCUGCUUUUGUCCAAAAGCUGAUUGACAACGACAAGAAAGUACCACUGAAGAACAAGCGACUUAUCAAAGGCCUCCUUUCGACAAUCUACGCUAGAGCAAAUAUUCAUUAUCCGUCAUACGAAUAUUUCACGCGUAAUGAAGGCAAAAUCUGUGGUACAGAGAAUGAUAUUUGCGAAAAGUACAAAAUGAUCGGUUGCCGCAAGUAUUAUUUCACGAUUUCCAACUCAUUAUUGAUAACUUUCAUGGAAAUGCCGAAUGGAACACAGCCAAUUGUCAUCCUCGUGCGCGGACCAUUCGGAAGAGUCGCUUGGCUCAUCGAAGACCACUUCAAGACCGAAGAAAAACCAAUUUUAUCAGAAAGAAUCCAAAAAGUCGAUCUGAAAGCCCCAGAACCAUCAAAUGUCGAGCCAUACGACCCCGCAGAUGAAGAUAAAGAGGAGCCACUGGGUAUUCCCCAUAUCGAAAUCACCGGAUUUUCAGAUUGUGACAAACAACUACACGAUCACUUCGUAGAAGUGUUCACCAAGUGGUUGUCUAUUGAUGACUUUGGCUUUAUUGAGAAAUUCGGCAAGGAAACGCCGUAUUUCCGACCAAGAGUUGUAGAUUUCCUUCUUUCCGCGGGAAUUUUGGAUUCUACCAACAAACUUAAGGUCGUUGCCCAACAAAACAGGACAGAAGUCAACAAAGUCAUCAAGAAUUUCGACAAAUUAGACAAAUUACCAAAAGUUCCAGUCCAAAUCAGUCAUAUUACACUUAAUGACCGCAAAUUUGGUAAAAACAGCAUCAGAAACAGUGCAGCCAUGGCCCAGUUCAUGCAAGUUCUCGGUGAACCGAUGAAGAUUGACGACAAAUUCCUUGCAACACUUCCUAUUGCAGGAGGAAUUGCUAAAUUCAUUGAUUCUGAGAAUGAUUUCUCACUGAGAUUGGUGUUUAACGAGUCAGGAUACGACUACGUGAUGCCACAGAUCAGGAAACAAGUUAUUUCUGUUUCUCCUGUUGGAUCUGGUUUGUACAAAGUCACAGAGAAAAGUCCAGCGAGAGAGGGAAUCUCUCCUUUCUCUAAGUUCUCAGAGUACGUCGUGACAAUGAAAACACUCAGAUUCAUGAUAACAACAAUGAUCGACGCAAGUAUCAGAUACGUCGGAAAGUUUGAGUGUUUCGACGUCUGCGCAAAGAGAAGAGAGAUGUUCAAGGAGUUGACUGACGUGAAGACAAUGGAGGACCUCGCCCCGCUUUCUGUUUUAGAGUUCAAAGUUGUGUAA